AUGAGGGAAAUAGUGCACCUCCAGGCCGGACAAUGCGGUAACCAGAUCGGCGCAAAAUUCUGGGAGAUAAUAUCGGAGGAGCACGGCAUCGACCCAACCGGCGUCUACCGCGGCACCAGCGACUUGCAGCUCGAGCGGAUAUCCGUCUACUACAAUGAGGCCUCUGUUGCGACCAAGGAGAACGGAGGGAAGUACGUGCCCAGGGCAAUCCUGCUCGACCUCGAGCCGGGUACGAUGGACGCCGUGCGUUCGGGCGGCUACGGGCAGCUGUUCCGCCCGGACAACUUCGUCUUCGGUCAGUCGGGCGCCGGCAACAACUGGGCCAAGGGCCACUACACCGAGGGAGCGGAGCUCGUAGAUGCUGUACUCGACGUGGUGCGCAAGGAGUGCGAGAACUGCGACUGCCUGCAGGGCUUCCAGCUCACGCACUCGCUGGGCGGCGGCACCGGCUCCGGAAUGGGCACCCUGCUCAUCUCCAAGAUCAGGGAGGAGUACCCCGACAGGAUCAUGAACACGUACUCGGUCGUGCCCUCGCCCAAGGUGUCUGACACUGUGGUGGAGCCGUACAACGCGGUGCUCUCCAUUCAUCAGCUGGUGGAGAACACCGACGAGACCUACUGCAUCGACAACGAGGCCCUAUACGACAUCUGCUACAGGACUCUCAAGGUGCCGAACCCCACGUACGGCGACCUCAACCACCUCGUGUCGCUCACCAUGUCAGGCGUCACCACCUGCCUCAGGUUCCCAGGUCAGCUGAAUGCGGACCUCCGCAAGCUGGCCGUGAACAUGGUCCCAUUCCCGCGGCUCCACUUCUUCAUGCCCGGAUUCGCGCCGUUGACGUCGCGCGGCAGCCAGCAGUACCGCGCCCUCACCGUGCCAGAACUCACCCAGCAGAUGUUCGACGCCAAGAACAUGAUGGCCGCUUGCGACCCGCGCCACGGACGCUACCUCACCGUGGCGGCCAUCUUCCGCGGCCGCAUGUCCAUGAAGGAGGUCGACGAGCAGAUGCUCUCAAUCCAGAACAAGAACAGCAGCUUCUUCGUCGAGUGGAUCCCCAACAACGUGAAGACCGCCGUCUGCGACAUCCCGCCCAAGGGCCUGAAGAUGUCGUCCACCUUCAUCGGCAACACCACCGCCAUCCAGGAGCUGUUCAAGCGCAUCUCCGAGCAGUUCACCGCCAUGUUCAGGCGCAAGGCCUUCUUGCAUUGGUACACCGGCGAGGGCAUGGACGAGAUGGAGUUCAACGAGGCUGAGAGCAACGUCAACGACCUGGUAUCAGAGUACCAGCAGUACCAGGAGGCCACAGCUGAAGACGACACCGAAUUCGAUCAGGAGGACAUGGAGGAGCUGGCCCAGGAUGAGCACCACGAC